UAUGACCACGCUCGCUUGCCGCUGCUCGCGUCUACAGUCGCGCUUUACAUAGCAUACAGCGUGCGCGAGGAGAAGCUGUGUUGCGCUCGCGCGCUGCAAGACCAAGCAGAGAGCAUGCCCGGGCUCUUACUCGGAGAUGCGUUCCCUAAUUUUGAAGCCGACACCACCAUCGGAAAACUCAAACUCUAUGACUUCCUGGGAGAUUCUUGGGGCAUCCUGUUCUCACAUCCCAGAGACUACACCCCGGUGUGUACCACGGAGCUAGGCCAAGCAGCUGAAUUAAGCCCAGAGUUUACCAAGCGUAAUGUGAAGAUGAUCGCUCUCUCCAUCGAUAGCCUCGAGGAGCAUUAUAGCUGGAGCAAGGAUAUCCUGGCCUACAACAAUGACGAGACAGUGUCCGAGAUCCCGUUUCCCAUCAUAGCCGAUGAUAGGCGGGAGCUGGCUGUGGAGCUGGGCAUGCUGGAUCCCGAGGAGAAGGACCAGUCUGGCAUGCCGCUUACCGCCCGCUGCGUGUUUGUGAUCAGUCCUGACAAGAAGUUAAAGCUCUCACUCCUCUACCCUGCCACAACAGGGAGGAACUUUGACGAGAUCCUAAGAGUGAUCGAUUCAUUGCAGUUAACGGCACAUAAACGGGUAGCAACGCCCGUAAACUGGAAGCCUGGGGACUGUGUUAUGGUUCCUCCUGCCAUACCCGAAGAUGAAGCCAGAAGCCUGUUCCCUGCUGGGGUGUACACUAAAGAGCUUCCAUCAGGGAAGAGGUACCUGCGUUACACACCUCAGCCAUGAAUGCUCACGCAGGGCCCCUGGAGGACUACAGCACUGGACGCAGGCAUCACAGGGAAAACCAAGAUAGAGAAUUAAAAACAUGAAUUUGAUUUGAUAAAAGUCAGACUUGUCUUUUAAAAGAAGGACCUAAAGUGAAAAUGUAGCUGUAAUGAGUAAUAAUUAACUAGAAUAAAUAUGAGAAUGAAAA